UCUAGCCCUGUGAAAUUACCAUGUUCACUACUUCCACAUAAUUUUUCCUUGAGAAGAUAAAUACCGUGCUCCCUUCCUCUGGACAAAGAUGAUUUUUUUAAAAAUUUUAUUUAUUUAUUUGACAGAGAGUGAGAGAGAGCACAAGCAGGCAGAGCAGCAGGCAGUGGGAGAGGGAGAAGCAGGCACCCUGCCAAGCAAGGAGCCCGACAUGGGGUUUGAUCCCAGGACCCCGGGAUCAUGACCUGAGCCGAAGGCAGUUGCCUACCCAACUGAGCCACCCAGGCACCCCCAAAGAUGAUUUUAAAUUCAUAGUAUCAUAACAAAAUCUUAGAGGUGUAUAUAUACAUAGAUAUAUCUAUCUAUCUAUCUAUCUAUCUAUAUAGAUAUGUAUCUAUCUAUCUGUAUAUAUAUCUGUGUAAGCUUGUGUAUGCUUGUACAGAUAGAAGUACACAAACACACACACACACCAUCAAGGGAUUUAAGGCAGUUUACAGAAAUGCAUUUGUAUAAAAAUAAGUAAGUCUAGAAGGCAAUGGUCUAUGAGUUACUACUGUGUUCCCCUUCCCCAUUCCCAUCAGUCUAUUUCCACAGUUAGAGGUCAUUUUCUCUUGUGGCUCAUGAAGAAUCACUUAGCAAUCUCAACAGCUCAACUAAAGCUCUUUCUUCCCCUGUCCAACCUGUGCCUGAAUCCUUCACCAGAGUAGUAAGAUAGGGCAGGAGAGAGAAGAAGACAGACCCUGGAGGUCCAAGCUAUGUGGGCCAGAGGAAGGUGAGUCUUCGGCUCCUAUUCCCAGCUACAGUUUGAGCUGAAAUGUGCCUUCCACUGCCUCUAAUGAUGGGUUACUGGGCACAGAGAAUUCUGGAUCAGGAGGUUGCCUUGAUGUUUGCAGACAAAUGUCUUUAAAGCUCAUUUUCAAGCAUGCGAGCAAAGCCAAAUUGGUGUCUCAAAUUGCAACAACUAUGAAGGGGAUGCCUGUUGGUGAAGAAGAGUUUGAAUAUAACAAAGAUGGGCAGUAUGACUGUAAAGGAGGGGAACUGUUGGGAAAAAAGAAAAAAAUUCCCAAAUGCCUUUGGGAGGACUAUAAGAUGAACAUCACAGGGGAAAAGGAUGAUUCGCCAGUGCAUUUCUGUGACAAAUGUGAUUUGCCUAUUCAAAUUUAUGGGCCAGUGAUUCUGCACAAAUAUGCCUUUUGCUAUGACUGUGCUAAUUUAUAUGAUGACAAUGAAGAUAAGAUGUAUCUAGGCUGUAGUAUUCUUGUACCACUCAUCAGGGAGCAUAUGCGAAGUUCUGUCCUCAUGGGCAGCACUGUCCAAGGAUGCAAGCAAACAUAUAUGUCUGAAAAAGACUACAAGGACCCUAUGAGCUGUAUCCCAUCAGAGCAGCACAUCAUGACGUCACCACCUACUGUGCAUCCUGUGCCAUGGGAGGAUCUAUGUGCUCCUUCAGCAGUUGUCUCCACCUCACUUCCUUCAGUCCAUCAAGAAACCCUUAGUAUUUCAAUAAGGGAACACAGCAAUUUGCUCAUCAUCCCUAUUCAGAAUGACUCAAAUCCUGGUGCAAAAGAACCCUCUCUACCUGUUCCAGCUCCCGCUUAUCAUCAUCCUGAAUAUUGGAUGUCCUCCUCUCAAAAUUGUGGCCCACCUGUAAGUGGAUUCCCUUUUAACCAUCAUAAUAUUAACUCUUUACCCUAGUUCACUGAAGAGCAAGAAACUCUGAGCCUUCCAUUUACACAACCAUGUGGAACAAAUUCUGGAAUAUGGCCUAUGUCAAAAGUAUUUUUACCUCCUUCACCAAUGCAAGGUUCACUUUCUCCAGCCCUACUUCCUCAAUCUCAUUAUUCAGAUCAGACAGAAGAUGUACAUCAUAUUAACAACGAUAAUAAUAUUUCGAACUGAAGAGCUGAAGAAAAAACCUUAAAUAUAGUUAACUUUUUAAUUAAACAUUGUUUGGGGAAGGAAAAUUACUCUUAAACACUUACAGGGCACCUGGCUGGCUCAGUUGGUAUAGCACUUGACUCUUGAUCUUGGGGUCCUGAGUUCAAACCCUACACUGGGUGUAAAGCUCACUGACAAACAAAGAACUCUUAGGAUCUUGUCUCUUAAAUUGGUUUUAAACCUUGAUUUUAGGAUUUAUUUCAAGUUCUAUACUGUGGUAUGGAUAAAUGACUCAGUCGAGCAUACCUUUUUUUUACAACUUUGUUCCCUUAGCAUUAUUAAUGGAC